UAUUGGAUCGACCCAAACCUGGGCUGCUCCUCAGACUCUAUAGAAGUGACGUGCAAUUUCACCGGCGGCGGACGCACCUGCCUCAGGCCUAUCACAACAGCCAAGCUGGAGUUCAGUGUCGGACGCGUUCAGAUGAACUUCCUGCAGCUGCUGAGCGCCGGAGCGGAGCAACAAAUCACUAUCCACUGCUUGAACGUGACAAUCUGGAGCCACGCCCCCUCUGAGCCUCCGUCCCAGAAUGCAGUUCGGUUCCAGGCGUGGACCGGAGAGACGCUGGAGCCGGAUGUGUUAGGAGACAACUGCUGGCAACUAAACGGGCGCUGGCAACAUGCUGACUUCCUGUUCCGGGUGUCGGACCCCACCUUACUUCCUGUCGUACGCAUAAGCAACCUACCAAAGACAACGGCCUCAUCGCGCUUUCACGUAGAAGUCGGACCUGUGUGCUUCCUUUAGUGUGUGUGUGAGAUUGUGAGUGUGUGUGUGCACUCGUCAAACACACACCGGCCCCGCCCACAGCCUGCCCCCUUCAGCAUUCAGCCACUGAUUGGACUGCAGAAACAGAGAGAGGUGGUGUGGGCGGGGCUUUGGGGGAUUUAGCACUAGAGACUCCUACAGUCUAAAGGAAAUCCCGCCUUUACCAGCCACGGAUGUCCAAUCAGAUUUGACUCCUCUAGAAAACAAGCCAAUCAUCUCGCAGGGAGGAACACUCAGGACAUCCGGGCCGGAGAAACUGCCAAACCCUCUGUCUUUCCUCUUCUCUUUCUAUCUCAGCCUGUUUUUUUGGUGCUUGCUUUCUUUCAAAUUAAUAAUAAUAAUAAUAAUGUUAUUA